AUGAUGUGUGUUGUUCCCCCAGGGCUGGUGGUGGUACUGCUAAUAGUACUCCAGUGGGCAGGACGAGGCCUCCCUUCUCCUGUCAGGCCCAUCUGUGACCCCCGCGUUCUGGACCGCUUCAUCAUGGAGGCCCGUGACACAGAGACCGCUUUGGUGAGACACUGACUGACUGGGCCUAACCACCACUAGAUGGACCUGGGCAACUUUUACAUGUCUGGACAAUGUCACAGUGAAGUGAAAUGGAUGAUGAUAUUAUUAGAGUGUAUUAUGUACAGAAACAAUUCCGCUUUAUUAGUGUGUCUGAUCUUGCUCUAACCCUGUCAAUCUGUAUUGCCUUCCCCCACGCAGCGAGGUUGCGCCAUGACAGGCACAUUUGUGGUUCCUCUGACAAACGUUGACUUUGUGGUCUUGGAGACAAAGGAUGUGAGUACCUGUCUAUCAGUUCCAUAUCUACUGUACAGUGCCUUGCAAAAGUAUUAAUCCCCCUUGGCGUUUUUCCCAUUUUGUUGCAUAACAACCUGUAAUUUAAAUGGAUUUUUAUUUGGAUUUCAUGUAAUGGACAUACACAAAAUAGUCCAAAUUUGUGAAGCAAAAAAUAAAUAAAUAACUUGUUUCAAAAAAUUAUACAAAAUAAAUAAUGGAAAAGUGGUGCGUGCAUAUUUAUUCACCCCCUUUGCUAUGAAGCCCCUAAAUGAGAUCAGGUGUAACCAAUUACCUUCAGAAGUCACAUAAUUAGUUAAAUAAAUUCCACCUGUGUGCAAUCUAAGUGUCACAUGAUCUGUCACAUGAUCUCAGUAUAUAUACACCUGUUCUGAAAGGCCCCAGAGUCUGCAACACCACUAAGCAAGGGGCACCACCAAGCAAGCGGCACCAUGAAGACCAAGGAGCUCUCCAAACAGGUCAGGGACAAAGUUGUGGAGAAGUACAGAUCAGGGUUGGGUUAUGAAAACAUAUCAGAAACUUUGAACAUCCCACGAAGCACCAUUAAAUCCAUUAUAAUUUUUUUUUAAAGAAUAUGGCACCACAACAAACCUGCCAAGAGAGGGCCACCCACCAAAACUCACGGACCAGGCAAGAAGGGCAUUAAUCAGAGAGGCAACAAAGAGACCAUAGAUAACCCUGAAGGAUCUGCAACGCUCCACAGCGGAGAUUGGAGUAUCUGUCCAUAGGACCACUUUAAGCCGUACACUCCACAGAGCUGGGCUUUAUGGAAGAGUGGCCAGAAAAAAGCCAUUGCUUAAAGAAAAAAAUAAGCAAACACGUUUUGGUGUUCGCUAAAAGGCAUGUGGGAGACUCCCCAAACAUAUUGAAGAAGGUACUCUGGUCAGAUGAGACUAAAAUUGAGCUUUUUUGCCAUCAAGGAAAACGCUAUGUCUGGCGCUGUCACGCCCUGGCCUUGAGAGGCCUGUUGUCUUUAGUUGGAUUGGUCAGGGCGUGAGUUUCUAUGUUAUAUAUUCUAUGUUUAUGUUCUAGUUUUUCUAUUUCUAUGUCUGGCCGGGUAUGAUUCCCAAUCAGAGGCAACUGUCACUCAUUGUCUCUGAUUGGGGAUCAUACUUAGGUAGCCUAUUACCUACUGUUUAUUGUGGGAUCUUGUUCCGUGUAGGCUUGUGUGUGUAUAGCCUGAGGACUUCACAAUACGUUGUUUCUUGUUUUGGUUUGUAUGUUUAUUGGGUGAAUAAACAUGUACGCUUUUCACGCUGCACCUUGGUCUGACCCGUCUCGCAACGAUCAUGACAGAAGAUCCCACCACAAAAGGACCAAGCAGCGUGGCCAGGAGGAGCAAACACCCGGGACACAGCGGGAGGCUACGUUGGUAGAUGUCCUCCUCGGUUGGGGGAAAAUCACAGAGGAGGAGGCCGUCCGUUACGGUAAGGCAAUGAAGGAGGAAGCCCGGGUAGGAGAGGAUCAACGGCGACAUCGACGGUGCCGGCCGAAGAGGAAGCCCGAGAAGCAGCCCCAAUAAAUUUUUUGGGGGGGCUCACGGGGUGGACGACGAGGCAGCAGGAGGCCGUGAAAGGGCUGACUAGAGAGGAGGAGGCCGCUAUUUUAGAGGUCCUCCAAGACCUGCGGAUCGAGAGAGAAGAGCCUUGACCACUGCACCCGGUGGGGUUCCAGUUGGAGUCCCUACGACCAUGGGAACAGGAAUGGGAACAGUUUUUCACUGAGGAGUCGGAGGAUGACGACGACGAUGAGGUUCUGUUCCCUAACUCGUGGGGGCUCCCGGAGGAGUCCUCACUGGAGGAGGAUUGGGUGCGGAGAGAGAAGGACUGGAACAGUCGCACAUCUCCAACGCCAGUUCCCAGCCCGGUACGCCCCGUGCCUGCUUCUCGCACCAAGCCAGUGGUGCGUGUUCCCAGUCCGGCACGGCCCGUGCCGGCUCCUCGCACCAAGCCAGUGCUGCGUGUUCCCAGACCGGCACGGCCCGUGCCUGCUCCCCGCACAAAGCCAGUGGUGCGUGUUCCCAGUCCGGCACGGCCUGUGCCUGCUCCUCGCACCAAGCCAGUGGUGCGUGUUCCCAGUCCGGCACGGCCCGUGCCUGCUCCUCGCACUAAGCCAGUGGCGCGUGUUCCCAGUCCGGCACGGCCCGUGCCUGCUCCUCGCACUAAGCCAGUGGCGCUUGUUCCCAGUCCGGCACGGCCCGUUCCAGGACAGAAACAUGCACCGAAAAUGGAGUCAGCAGGUACAGUUGGUCCGUCCGGAUCUUUGGAGGAACGUAUCCAACGGCAGGGGAGCAGGAUCCAGGCGCUCGGCAGCGCAAUGGAGCGCGUGGUGAGUAGAUUGGAGCGAUGGGAGAGAGGUGGCGUUUCUACACCUCCUCCAACCACACAACUCACCCGACCUCCAGCGACGGUCCCCUGCAGGGAGCACUUUAGCGUGUCGGUUCCUAGUUUGGGGCCGGCAACCAGCCCAACUACCGGGUUGGAAACCACCUCUGCGUCGGUGCCCAGGGUGGGCACGACGUACAGCCCCGUUUUGGAGCAGGUGCUCCUAAACGUGUCGGUGCUCAGUCUGGGGCCGGCAACCAGUCCUAUUACAGGGCUGGAAUUUUCCUCUGCGUCGGUGCCCAGGCUGGGCAUGGCAUUUAGUCCUGCUCCAGAGAUGGGGAUGGAUACGGGUCCGGAAGUUUGCUCCACCCCGGAGCCAGAGCAAUCCGCUCCACCGGUGCCUUAUCCAGCUCCGGUCGGUUGCUCCACUCCGGAGCCAGAGCAAUCCGCUCCAACGGUGCCGAGUCCAGCUCCGGUCAGCGGCUCCACUUCGGAGCCAGAGCAGUCCGCUUCACCGGUGUCCAGUCCAGCUCCGGUCAGCGGCUCCACUCCGGAGUCAGAGUAGUCCGCUCCACCGGUGCUCAGUCCAGCUCCGGUCAGCGGGUCCACUCCGGAGCCAGAGCAAUCCCCUCCACCGGUGCCUGAUCCAGCUCCGGUCAGCAAUUCCAUUCCGGAGUCAGAGCAGUCCGCUCCACCGGUGCCCUGUCCAGCUCCGGUCAGCGGCUCCACUCCGGAGCCAGAGCAGUCUGCACCACCGGUGCCCAGUCCAGCUCCGGUCAGCGGUUCCACUCCGGAGCCAGAGCAGUCCGCUCCACCGGGGUCGAGUUCAGCUCCGGUCAGUGGCUCCACUCCGGAGCCAGAGCAGUCCGCUCCACCGGGAUCCAGUUCAGCUCCGGUCAGCAGCUCCACUCCAGACCCAGAAGUCACCCCCUCUCCAAGGUCGGGGUCUCCCACACCAGGGUCCAGACAGGGCUUGGUGCAUCGUGGGGGGAUUGCCGAUCCAGGCCCCGACGUCAGCCCCUCUCCAGGUUCGGGGUCUCCCACACCAGGGUCUAGACAGGGCUUGGUGAAUCGUGGGGGGAUUGCCGAUCCAGGCCCAGAUGUCAGCCCCUCUCCAGGUUCGGGGUCUCCCACACCAGGGUCCAGACAGGGCUUGGUGCAUCGUGGGGGGACUGCCGAUCCAGGCCCAGAUGUCAGCCCCUCUCCAGGUUCGGGGUCUCCCACACCAGGGUCCAGACAGGGCUUGGUGCAUCGCGGGAGGAUUGCCGAUCCAGGCCUAGACGUCAGCCCCUCUCCAGGGUCGGGGUCUCCCACAUCAGGGUCCAGACAGGGCUUGGUGCAUCGUGGGAGGAAGGAGAGGGGAAGCAUCGCGCCGAGGUCCAGACCAGACCAGGGGCGCAACGGGGAGGCAGAGAGGAAGAGGUCAUCACGCCCGGAGCCGGAUCCGCCUCCGAGGCUGAAAGCCCACCCGGACCCUCCCCUAAUGAGUCAGGUUGGUGCGGCCGGAGUACGCACCUUUGGGGGGGUACUGUCACGCCCUGGCCUUGAGAGGCCUGUUGUCUUUAGUUGGUUUGGUCAGGGCGUGAGUUUCUAUGUUAUAUAUUCUAUGUUUAUGUUCUAGUUUUUCUAUUUCUAUGUCUGGCCGGGUAUGAUUCCCAAUCAGAGGCAGCUGUCGCUCAUUGUCUCUGAUUGGGGAUCAUACUUAAGUAGCAUAUUGCCUACUGUUUAUUGUGGGAUCUUGUUCCGUGUAGGCUUGUGUGUGUAUAGCCUGAGGACUUCACGUUACGUUGUUGCUUGUUUUGGUAUGUUUAUUGGGUGAAUAAACAUGUACGCUUUUCACGCUGCACCUUAGUCUGACCCGUCUCUCAACGAUCGUGACAGGCGCAAACCCAACACCUCUCAUCACCCCGAAAACACCAUCCCCAUAGUGAAGCAUGGUGGUGGCAGCAUCAUGCUGUGGGGAUGUUUUUCAUCGGCAGGGACUGGGAAUAGUUAUGCACGCUCAAGUUUUUUGUUUUUUUUGUCUUAUUUCUUGUUUGUUUCACAAUAAAAAUUAUUUUGCAUCUUCAAAGUGGUAGGCAUGUUGUGUAAAUCAAACGAUACAAACCCCCCAGAAAUCCAUUUUUAUUCCAGGUUGUAAGGCAACAAAAUAGGAAGAAUGCAAAGGGAGAUUAAUACUUUCGCAAGCCACUGUACAUGAAUAGCACAUAUAGUAUAGAGAGAAGAGUUUGGCCCAUUUCCUCUGGUUUCUCUACACUGAUUGUACAAAACAUUAAGAACACCUUCCUAAUAUUCAGCUGCUCCCCCCGUUGUCCUCAGAAUAACCUCAAUUCAUCGGGGCAUGGACUCUACAAGGUGUCGAAAGCGUUCCACAGGGAUGCUGGCCCAUGUUGACUCCAAUGCUUCCCACAGUUGUGUCAAGUUUGGCUGGAUGUCCUUUGGGUGGUGGACCAUUCUUGAUAAACAUGGAAACUGUUGACCGUGAAAAACCCAGCAGCGUUGCAACCCCACCGCCACCACGGGGCACUCUGUUCACAACGUUGACAUCAGCAAACCUCUUACUCACACAACGCCAUACACGUGGUCUGCGGUUCAAUCUUUUGUCUUGCCCAUUCAGCCUCUGAAUGGCACACAUACACAAUCCAUGUCUCAAGGUUUAAAAAUCCUUCUUUAACCUGUCUCCUCCCCUUCAUCUGACAUCAAUAAGGGAUCGUAGCUUUCUCCUGGUCAGUCUGAUGACCGGAUCUAUGUGUCCUGUAUUAACUUUUUUAUUUAUUUUUAGGGGGUAGAUCAGCUUUAAUAUUGCAGAUAGAUUGUGGCUUCUAUCAAUGUAAUUGUCUGCAUCAUUUCCAAUCCCCCAUAUACAUUAUAUAUACAAAAGUAUGUGGACACCCCUUCAAAUUAGUUGAUUUGGCAAUUUCCGUCAUUUUGUAAAGCUCGCCGCCAUUGGACUCAGUGGAAAUGAGUUCUCUGGAUUGAUGAAUCACGCUUCACCAUCUGGCAGUCCGAUGGACGAAUCUGGGUUUGGUGGAUGCCAGGAGAACGCUUCCUGCCCAAAUGCAUAGUGCCAACUGUACAGUUUGGUGGAGGAGGAAUAAUGGUCUGGGGCUGUGUUUCAUGGUUCGGGCUAGGCCUCUUAGUUCCAGUGAAGUGAAAUCUUAACGGUACAGCAUACAAUGACAUUCUAGACGAUUCUGUGCUUCCAACUUUGUGGCAACAGUUUGGGGAAGGCCCUUUCAUGUUUCAGCAUGACAAUGCCCCCAUGCACAAAGCGAGGUCCAUAUGGAAAUGGUUUGUCGAGAUCGGUGUGGAAGAACUUGACUGGUCUGCACAGAGCCCUGACCUCAACCCCAUUGAACACCUUUGGGAUGAAUUGGAACGCCGACUGCGAGCAGUGCCUGACCUCACUAAUGCUCUUGUGGCUGAAUGGAAGCAAGUCCCUGCAGCAAUGUUCCAACAUCUAGUGGACAGCCUUCCCAGAAGAGUGGAGGCUGUUAUAGCAGCAAAGGGGGGACCAACUCCAUAUUAAUGCCCAUGAUUUUGGAAUGAGAUGUUCGACGAGCAUAUAUAUUUUCCUUUAUUAUUCACCCCUAACCCCACCACCCCUCCCCUAAUUGGAGUAAACUAAUGGCCAUCAACACUUAGGCUUCUACUUCCAGUUUAUACAUACUAUAUACAUUUUACGGACACAGUAUAUUUUACAUUAGUUAUCUUUUGUUUGUUUUUUGUCCCAUCCUUCAGCUCCCCUCAACCCCUCCCAUCUAUCUAUGAACACCAUCCAUUUUUGAUUUCUAUUUGCCAUAUAUUUUUCAACUGUGCUGUGAUAUUUCACAAAAGUUCUGAAUCUUUCUAUUCUCAUAUAUUUAUACAGUGUAAAUUAAAGAUAAACAUUUUUGCUAAGGGUAUUAUUAUAUUAUUAAUCGAUUGACUAUGACUGUAUAUAACAUUCUAUUGGUUGCAAGAAUUUUGUAUAAUAAUUUAAAUGGGAAAACUGAAAGUAUUUUGCAAUCUGUAUGGCACAGCUGUCAAUUUUUUGGUCCUUAAAUUAAACUUGUAUACUUUUUUAAUUAUCACAUUUUUCUUUAACUAAUUUUGGUCUUAAUGCAGGGCCGACAGACAAGUUCCUUACUUUUUCCCCCUUCCACUUGCCUUUUCCAUUUUUGCAGUAGUGCUGCAAUUAGUUGGUUGUAAUUUUGGAUAGAGCAGACAUUUCCAUAUAUUUUUGUUAGCUGCAUGUGUGACAUAACUCCACCAGUCCUUUUUAUGAUAUAAUUUACAAAGAUUAUACAGUUUUUAAACAUUUUUUAAAAUCAAUUAGUAUAUUUGAGUUUAACCAUAAUAUUUGUUGUAAUAUUUGUUCUGUCUUUUCUGGUGGAUUAAAUGGAAAUUGCAACCAUCUUUCAAUGGCUUGUUUUAAAAAUGGCGAUAUUUUGGAGAUUAUUUCAUUUUCAAAUAACUGAAAGUGAGAGGUGGUAAUCUGAAUAAAGGGGAAGUCAUAUAUGAAUUUUCAUUGAGUCCAUUGAGCUCUCUCUGCCAAUACAUUUCUUUCUGUACAGUGUGCCCUAAUGUGCAGCCUUCUUUUGCUAUAUAAUGAUAAUGUACAGUGGGGAAAAAAGUAUUUAGUCAGCCACCAAUUAUGCAAGUUCUCCCACUGAAAAAGAUGAGAGAGGCCUGUAAUUUUCAUCAUAGGUACACGUCAACUAUGACAGACAAAUUGAGAUUUUUUUUCUCCAGAAAAUCACAUUGUAGGAUUUUUUAUGAAUUUAUUUGCAAAUUAUGGUGGAAAAUAAGUAUUUGGUCACCUACAAACAAGCAAGAUUUCUGGCUCUCACAGACCUGUAACUUCUUCUUUAAGAGGCUCCUCUGUCCUCCACUCGUAACCUGUAUUAAUGGCACCUGUUUGAACUUGUUAUCAGUAUAAAAGACACCUGUCCACAACCUCAAACAGUCACACUCCAAACUCCACUAUGGCCAAGACCAAAAAGCUGUCAAAGGACACCAGAAACAAAAUUGUAGACCUGCACCAGGCUGGGAAGACUGAAUCUGCAAUAGGUAAGCAGCUUGGUUUGAAGAAAUCAACUGUGGGAGCAAUUAUUAGGAAAUGGAAGACAUACAAGACCACUGAUAAUCUCCCUCGAUCUGGGGCUCCACGCAAGAUCUCACCCCGUGGGGUCAAAAUGAUCACAAGAACGGUGAGCAAAAAUCCCAGAACCACACGGGGGGACCUAGUGAAUGACCUGCAGAGAGCUGGGACCAAAGUAACAAAGCCUACCAUCAGUAACACACUACGCCACCAGGGACUCAAAUCCUGCAGUGCCAGACGUGUCCCCCUGCUUAAGCCAGUACAUGUCCAGGCCCGUCUGAAGUUUGCUAGAGUGCAUUUGGAUGAUCCAGAAGAGGAUUGGGAGAAUGUCAGAUGAAACCAAAAUAGAACUUUUUGGUAAAAACUCAACUCGUCGUGUUUGGAGGACAAAGAAUGCUGAGUUGCAUCCAAAGAACACCAUACCUACUGUGAAGCAUGGGGGUGGAAACAUCAUGCUUUGGGGCUGUUUUUCUGUAAAGGGACCAGGACGACUGAUCUGUGUAAAGGAAAGAAUGAAUGGGGCCAUGUAUCGUGAGAUUUUGAGUGAAAACCUCCUUCCAUCAGCAAGGGCAUUGAAGAUGAAACGUGGCUGGGUCUUUCAGAAUGACAAUGAUCCCAAACACACCGCCCGGGCAACGAAGGAGUGGCUUCGUAAGAAGCAUUUCAAGGUCCUGGAGUGGCCUAGCCAGUCUCCAGAUCUCAACCUCAUAGAAAAUCUUUGGAGGGAGUUGAAAGUCUGUGUUGCCCAGCGACAGCCCCAAAACAUCACUGCUCUAGAGGAGAUAUGCAUGGAGGAAUGGGCCAAAAUACCAGCAACAGUGUGUGAAAACCUUGUGAAGACUUACAGAAAACGUUUGACCUGUGUCAUUGCCAACAAAGGGUAAAUAACAAAGUAUUGAGAAACUUUUGUUAUUGACCAAAUACUUAUUUUCCACCAUAAUUUGCAAAUAAAUUCAUAAAAAAUCCUACAAUGUGAUUUUCUGUAAAAAAAAAUCUCAUUUUGUCUGUCAUAGUUGACCUAUGAUGAAAAUUACAGGCCUCUCUCAUCUUUUUAAGUGGGAGAACUUGCACAAUUGGUGGCUGACUAAAUACUUUUUCCCCCCACUGUAUAAUGACACAUUCAGUGAGUUUUGUUUUAGCGUACGUGUUUAUGUAAUGUGUGUAUGUAAUGCGUCAUUUGUGUGUGUAUUCCCAGACUGGGGAGCAGGCUCUGGAGGUCCAGUCGGGGCUGUCUCUGUUAGACCAGGCCCUUGGUGCUGUGAGGGAGUCAGUGAGCCGUGCUGCCGUGCAGAGCCUCAUCGACAACAACAAGAGCAACAUCCACAGCCUGAGCCAGGUGCUGCGCAGCCUCCACAUCCAGGUGACUCACUUAGGAGUGUGAGUGUCUCGUCUACAGAAUGACCAGUGGUCUGUCUGAGUGGAUGGGACUGUGAUGUGAACAGUGGUCCCGUAUGGCUCGGUUGGUAGAGCAUGGUGCUUGGAAUGCCAGGGUUGUGGGUUUGAUUCCCAUGGGUGACCAGUAUGAAAAAGUAUGCACUCACUGCUGUAAGAGUGUUUGCUAAAUGACUAAAAUGUAAACAGUUUGUUAUGUAAGACCAGGAGAUGUUCCUGGUCUGAUCACCUGACCAGGGAAAAACUCCUGUCCCUAUUUAUCAGAUGUGCCUCAGUGUGCACAUACUGUACCACCCCAGCAGAGAGCCUAGUUGGGAAUAGAUAGGUGUUCUUGGAAUGAUCAUGGACCGUGGGUACAGUCAGUCAGACGUUCCUCUCCCCUCAGCAUGCCACCACCUGCCUGCUGUACUUUGUUUGCUUCUCUGUCAGAAGCCUGUGAAUUUUCAGUGUAGGGCAGUUCAGUGACUGAGAUGGUAUUGAGCAGGCCAGACAUAGCAGUGGGAGUUAUGGAAAGGGAUCAGAAUGGGGCUUUUAUUUGGCUGCAUACCGUUUGGCAUGGAGUAGCGGGUCGGGAAGAAAACAUGGAAUAGAACCCCUUCCACAGAACAGAUGAGUGGUGCUUUCUUUUUAGGGUUGUAUGUUAAGCCUUGUUCUUCCUCUCAUCCAUUGAACAGGACCUGUCCCUCUCUCCAGUGCCAGCAGUAGGUGACUCAGCGACCAGGAAGGUGUCGUCCCUAUCCGAGCUGCUCCGUGUCCACACCAACUUCCUACGAGGAAAGGUUCGCCUGCUGCUCACCAACGCACCUGCCUGUCAACAGAACAGCACGUGAUUAGAGCUUUCCCUGAAGGCAGAGGCUGUUAUUGGACCGUUGUUUAGAGAGAGGAUGAGGUCGUUGGACCUCUACUGAAAUCUCUGAAUGGACUUCAAGUAUGGAAUGCGUAGACAAGGUGAUUGUUGAC